ACGCCUACCUUGUCAACUCUUACUGCAAGUGUGAGACUGUUGUAAGGUUGAGGAAAACAUUUAAGAACAUAAUAUUUUCAAAAAUACCACUUGCUCUGAAUCAUUCUUAAGAAAAUAGGUAAGAAAAGAAAAUUAGACUAUUCCUAAGAAGUUAUUUGAAGAAUGACAAUUUCUCAUAACUUUUUUCUUAAGAAUGAAGUCAAGAAAAAACACAUUUAAGAAUAUUUUAUUUCUGAAGACGCUUUUAUGGAUCUGGCCCCUGGUUGCCAUAAAAUUCAUUGAACUUCUAAUAGUAAAUUAACAGAACAGUAAUCUACCUGCCAACCUGGUUGCUAACCUUUUUAGGUUAAAAUACUGAAUCAUUUUUUACCAUGCAAUCUUUCUGUGGUGCGUUUUUUAUUUUUUUAAAUUGGAAUAUUGCUUUUUCUGUGAUCCCUUACUAGCCUUAGACUGUUUUUCACUCAUCAUUUCAGAUUCCGCCCCCCAUGUGACAAGCAUUCUUCUUCAAAUAUCCGCAUACCACACAUAGUUAGAGUAGACCUGAGCUCCAGGUUGAGACUUCCACGCAUCUUGAUUAACACUCUUGAGGAAGUUACUUGCAUCACUUACGAGACGCAGCUCCUUCUGAUAACUUAUCUUUGUUGCCCUCUGCUUUUGCGACUGUAGAUUGAGGCACUAGAGUUUAGACAGUUUGUAGACGUAAAUCCAGAUGUCUGGCACUUGACAUAUAUUCUGUCUUAUCAGUGACAUGCUGGGUAACAGAUUUAGGAUAAAAUGCUUUCCUUUAGCCAGGCAGAAGCAUUGUAGGCACGGCUGACAUAGGAAGGCUACUUUGCGACUGUUGGCUCAAAACAGGGGAACACAAAUACAGUACUCUAUCUGCAUAUACGUGGACUUAGGGGAGUUUGUAUAUGUAUGUUCUAGAAAAACAGCAAUGACUGAAGAGUAUAGUGUGUGGAAUGGAAGCAAGCUUGAGGUGGAAGAUACCGACUAUCUGCCAACUGUUCCAGUGAGCUCCGAGUCAGAUGAGCUUUACGAAAAUGUGAACCACAAUGGUUCAAGAAGAUCGUCAUCUUUACAAGCUGAGAUGGAGGAGUUACGUAUCUUGCUGCUCGGUCGCAGAGGAGGAGGAAAGAGCUCUACGGGCAACACCAUUCUGGGCUUCCAUGCCUUCAACACGGAUAUGCAGUUGACCCGGGUCACGCAAUUCUGCGAGAAGAUGGUCGGGAACAUUGAUGGGAAACCUGUGGCUGUGAUCGACACACCUGGGCUGAACAAGACCAAGCGCAUGGAGAAGGACGUGAUCCGAGACAUCCUGAAAUCUGUCUCACUGUACAAGCCAGGGCCCCAUGUGUUUCUCCUUGUCCUACCUGUGGGGAACCUCACCAAUGAGGACAAGGACAUGCACAAGAUGAUCGAGAACAUAUUUGGGAGAAGUAUCUGGAUGUACACUAUCGUCAUCUUCACACAUGGGGACCGCCUCGAAGGGAAGAUGCCAAAUGACGUCAUUGCCAGCUCCGAUAAGGAUUUGCGGCAUUUUAUCCGUAAGUGUAGCGGCGGAUUUCUGUUCUUCAACAACAAGAACGCAGAGAACCGUGAGCAGGUGAUAAAACUUCUGGAGAAGAUCGAGACUUUAGUGGCCAUCAACGGCAGGAGCUGCUACACCUCGGCUCUGUAUCCAUCCUCCGAAAAGAAGAUACGGGAGAGACAGGAGAAGAUCCUGGAAGAAAGACAAGAAGACAUUCUGAGGAAAGAAAGAGAGCUGGCAGAGAAUUAUGAGGAUGAGGAAGAGUUGGAGAAAAAAAAGCGAGAGCUGUGGAGAGAGGAGGAAGAGACUGCGCGGAGGCUAGCAGAGAAUCAACAAAAACACAAAGUAAACCUGUGAGAAGACGACGCAUCUAUGGUCUGAAAGGAUGUGUAGCUGUCAAGAAGCCAUUACUGAGAAAAAGAAAUUUUCUACAAGAUAGAAGAAAAUCUGCAAAUCAAGCAAAGAAGCUGCUGGUGUUCCUAGAACAACUGACUGACUGCCCCAUCACUGAAUCCCUGAGUGUGUUUGGAAUUACUUGGAUAUUGAGAAGUCAAAAAUGCAACCAACUACCAGAGAGACUGAAAUUUAGAGUUGUGAAAAAAAUAUAUACCUUCAUAUUCUUUGAAAAACUGAAAGCACAUCUACUGAAAAUAAUGGAAGCUAUAAUAAAGGCAAAG